UCGCCGAGUGUUUAUUGUUUUUAUACUCUUGUUACAUUAUUAAUUAAAACUGGUGGCUUUUAAGUGCGCCGAGUGUUGUGAGAGCAGCUUAUCAAAGUCCGAGGUUCUAAAUCUUAUCUGACUGGGCAUUUAGAGCGUUGUGAUUACGCCGAUUGCGCAACAAUUUCAUGAUUGUACGGCACCCAAGAGAGUCUGGAACUGCAGCGUAUAACGGCACUUUACAGUUAUCAGUUACGGUUUGAGCGCGUCUGACGCCCACAGCAUUUUGCUUUGUCCGGAGAUUUCUCGCUUUCCCGGGACUCCAGUGUCAGUCGUAUUGUUUCACAUUGGUGACAAACACUUUCGUCUCUCGUUUCCAGUCGUCGGUUCAUUCAUAGUAAUAUUACCCACAUACACAUCCACACCCACAUCCAACCGGUUGUAAAAUGUUCGCCCUGCGCCGCACAGCCGCAAUGAUGACGUCGGUCCACCGGCAGCCCCAGCUCAGCCAGGCCGUUUUCCGGGCCAAUUUCGCCAUCAGCGCCGCGUUUCGCCUGUAUCGCCUGAAUCGUCUGUAGGACCCCAAAACCCGCAAGAUAUCCAUGGAUAAUGAACGGAUUUCCGCCGUGAGCGAGCACUCAAUUGAGGUAUGCUCUCCCGCACAGAUGGCCCAGAAGAUCAAAGCCGGACCCGUGGUGGAUGUCCUCGGUGACGAGAUGACCCGCGUCAUCUGGGACUCCAUUAAGGAGAAACUGAUUCUGCCCUUCCUGGACAUUGAGCUGCACACCUACGAUCUGGGCAUUGAGUACCGUGAUGAGACCGAGGACCAGGUCACCAUUGACUGUGCCGAGGCCAUCAAGAAGUACAACGUGGGCAUCAAGUGUGCCACUAUCACUCCCGACGAGAAGCGCGUGGAGGAGUUCAACCUGAAGAAGAUGUGGAAGUCGCCCAACGGCACCAUCCGUAACAUCUUGGGAGGCACCGUCUUCCGUGAGGCGAUCAUCUGCAAGAACGUGCCCCGUCUGGUGACCGGCUGGCAGAAGCCCAUCGUGAUCGGUCGUCAUGCCCACGCCGAUCAGUACAAGGCCGUCGACUACGUGGUUCCCGGACCCGGCAAGCUGACCCUCACCUGGAAGGGUGCUGACGGUCAGGUCAUCGAUGAGGUGAUCAAUGACUUCAAGGGCCCCGGUGUUGCCCUGGGCAUGUUCAACACUGACGCUUCCAUUGUUGACUUUGCCCACGCCUCUUUCAAAUUCGCUCUGGACCGCAAGCUGCCCCUGUACAUGAGCACCAAGAACACCAUUCUGAAGAAGUACGAUGGUCGCUUCAAGGACAUCUUCGAGGACCUGUACAACAAGCAGUACAAGAAGGAGUACGAGGCGGCGGGCAUCUGGUAUGAGCACCGCCUCAUCGACGACAUGGUUGCUUAUGCCAUGAAGUCGGAGGGCGGCUUCGUGUGGGCCUGCAAGAACUACGACGGUGAUGUGCAGUCGGACUCCGUUGCCCAGGGCUACGGAUCUCUGGGUCUGAUGACCUCCGUGCUGCUGUGCCCCGAUGGCAAGACCGUGGAGGCUGAAGCUGCUCACGGAACAGUGACGCGUCACUUCCGCUUCUACCAGCAGGGCAAGGAGACCUCGACCAACCCCAUUGCCUCGAUCUUCGCCUGGACUCGUGGUCUGCUGCACCGUGCCAAGCUGGACGACAACGAGCCACUGAAGCAGUUCGCCGAGACCUUGGAGCAGGUGUGCAUCGACACAAUCGAGGGCGGCGCCAUGACUAAGGAUCUGGCCAUCUGCAUCAAGGGCAGCAUCAACGCCGUGCAGCGCAAGGACUACCAGGAGACUUUCGAGUUCAUGAACACGCUGGCCAAGAACCUGGAGGCUGCCCUGGCCAAGAAUGCCGCCGCCGCCAAGUGACUACCCGGCGCUCAGGUCGAGCAGCAGGCCUCGCAUCUCUAGAGAACCACUCAGCGAAGUCUCGUCCUCGUCACCAUAUUCACAAUAUUCCCAUUCGUUUUUGUAGAUGUGCAUGUCCUAGGCUAAAUAUCCGUGUCCUCGACGCAUGUUCCACACUGUUUCAUUGUCUCUGCGAGACGCAAAAAAACCCUGAUUUCCCUUUAACGUCUAACGGAAAAGAAAUUUCAAAUAAAUGUAUUUUUAUACCGGA